CUCCUCCUCCUCCUCCUCUUUUUCGUUUUUUUUCCUUCCUCGCCCCCCCCCCCCCCCCCACCCAUCCUCUGUGCGUGCCUUCGCUUCAGCUCGACUCUUUCCUCCUCACUAUGUUGAUACCAGCUGUCUUGCUAUGGAUUCUUAAUGUCAGCAAACUGUGCUCGGGCCAAGACUACAUGGACUACUACGCAGCUGGAGACGCGGGGACGCAGGCUCCGGUGUCGUCAGAUCAGCAGGUCAGCUUGCAGAGCGUGGCCAGCGUGGAUCAGCUGCUGCAGCUUCUCUAUCCCGAAUACGAUCUGCUUCAGCAGUGCCUGAGGAAGAAGGCGUGGCACGCCUCCUCGGCCAGCCCGCCGCUCCAAUCCGACUGGGCGCAGCUGAGGGAGGAGGCGCUUUACAAAGUGGACAGCACGCUCGGAGUCAUCCUGGAGGAGAUCCAGCGCACCUCGUGCCAGCCCCGGGAGGUGUGCGUGGAGGUGACCAAAGAGUACCCGGAAUCCACCAGUCAGUUCUACCUCCCCCGCUGCGUGGCGCUGCAUCGCUGCGGCGGAUGCUGCACCAACGAAGCCUUUUACUGCGCCAACACCAGUCACGUGCUCGUCAACAAGACGCUGAUGGAGCUGUCGCCGCCCAGGAUGGAGCGCUCCGUUGUCAUGGUGACCUUUGUCAAUCACACGGGGUGCGAGUGCCUCCCCAAGCGGCCGCUUCACUCCAUCAUCAGACGAGCCGCGACGGAUCACCUGUGUUCUCCUCCCACGGUGCCGUGCGCUUCGGCGUUCUUGUGGGAUCCCGUCAACUGCAUGUGUGUGCCAAUAGAUGCCAUGAACUACUCGGAGAAAGAGACAGAGGCUUUGGACUCGGGGCUGCUGGCUCUCUGCGGCCCCAACAGAGUUCUGAAGGAGCCCAGCUGCGAAUGCGUCUGUCGAAACGGGCUCACCGAGGCCAGCUGCGGUCCGGGCUGGAAACUGGACCACAACACAUGUGAAUGUCAGUGCCAAGGUCAAGGCGAGGGCAAGUGGUGCCCCAUCGGCCAGCGCUGGGACGACGAGCUGUGCGGCUGCGUGUGCGCCGCGCGCUGUCCUGGGAAUCAGCCCCUCAACCCCGACACCUGCUUGUGUCAGUGCCGAGAAAGUCCGCAGUCGUGUCUACGGCAAGGCAAGAGGUUCAACCCCAACACCUGCAGUUGCUACCGGUUACCAUGCAGGACCCCCAAACGCGCUUGCCUCACUGGCUUUUACUACAGCCACCAGGUCUGCCAGUGCAUCCCCAACUAUAUGAAGCCCGCGUGGAAUUAGCCGGUCGCAGACGAGCGGAUCGAUACCAGCCGAGGAUGACGGUCAAACUCUGGGAAACUUGCGGCCUGACGCCGCAAAAGCCACCGGGAGGUGGAGCAGAACAACAAAUGAACAGCUAUUGGAUUACCACAGACCUCAUCGUAAAUCCGGGCGCUCCCCCCCCC